AUGUAUUCCAAAGAACAAAUAACUAAAAUUCGAUAACUAAUCAACAAUUAUUUCGAUAAGGGUGAAGUGUUUGAUAAAUUGAAGAAGAAAAUCGAAAGUGAAAAAAUUCAAAUUGAUGAUUUGGAUAAUGAAAAAUUGACCAAAUUACUCAGAGAAACAAAUCUCAUCGAUAAUCUCAUCUUGGAUAUCAAACAUUUGGAUGAAAUUGAUGAAUUUAGUAAAUAAAAUAAACAACUUACAUUCGUAGACCCAGAUCGUAUUAAUUAUCGCUCAGUUAGUUUGCGUAUAUACAAAGGAAGAGCAUUCUUGGAUUUUAUUGAACCUCAAAAUUAGAAAUUGUAGUUAUAUUUAAGUUUUUGCGGUCAGAGAUUUGCAUCUGCAACAGUUGAUGCCACAGUAGAACCUGAGUUUAACGAACUAUUUUUGUUUGAUUUGAGAACUGAAGCUCAAAAGGCUAAUGUAGAUUUGUUGACUUUAAGCAAAUUAGAUCACCCUAUUGAGUUAUGCGUAAUUUAAAUUUAAAAUGGAUAAAGAAAGUUGUUUUCACAAAAAUUAAUCGAAUGGCGAUUUCUAUUAUGUUAUGGCAAUAUUUCAUUGAAUAUAGAACUUCCAACUACUUAUAAUACAAAAAUGCAAAAUGAAAGGAAGAAUCAUGUUGGUAUACUUCAAAUUCAUUUGGAAUUAUUACCAAAAACUGGGUUAGUAUUGCUUCCAGAAAACAUAGUGGUUUCAUAACUUUCCAAAGAGAAAUCUGUGAUCAAUUAAAUAUCUGAUAGAUUUCAUACUUAUGGCAAUGCUUGGUGGAAUGAUUUUAAAGAACUUAAAUUAUCUGUUCGACCAAUUAAAUUGUAUUCAGAAUCUCAAGAUGGAAUAUGGAGACCAUCUAGCACUUUUAUAAGGGAAUUACAAAGUGUAAGAGGGAUCAUGAGUCCUAAUCACGCUGCCAGAUUUGUAAGUCUGAUACCCAUGAAGACUUCGGAUAGAGGACCAUCUGGAGAUCGAUUAGAGGUUUGGCAUAGGUUUCCAACAUUUUUAGCUUUGAAAGGUGGAGAUUUUGAGGACCAUUGCUUAUUAUUGUGCUCAUUCUUUCUUGGGUUUAAUUUAGAUGCAUAUGUUGUAUUCGGUUCUACAGCUGAUAGGCCUCAUGGAUGGGUUAUGACGAGAUUACAGAAACCAAAAUAGCCAAAUUAGAAACAGGCUGAAUAUACAUACAACUUCUGGGAACCUUUGACUGGUCAUAAGUUUCAACUUAAUGAUCCCAAGGUUCCUUAGUUAUAUAAAAGAAUUGGGUGUAUUUUUAAUCAUAAGUGUUUUUAUGCAAAUAUCUAAGAAAACGAUUCUGUGCUAAGAACUGAUCUCAAUAUCGAAGACUAUACUAAAUGGAAGGCUGUUGAUCCAAAUGAACUUAGCCUAUUAAAACCACAAAAUUUCUAAUUGAUCUUAUUGAGAUAAACAAUGCAUGCUGAUGAAUUGGAACCGAAGUUAGAGUUAUAACUCAGGGAAGCCAUAGGAAGCUACAGAAAAAUAAUUAAUUUGGCUACUAGAUAUGAUGAAAAACUGGGAAGCAUAAUGUAGAUAGCCUUGGCCAAUUAUGAAACUGAAAAGAUCACAGGAUUGCAAUUUGCAUAAACUGAAUUUCAAUCUGCUAUUAGAACUUAUAUACCUGAAGGACAUACAUUUAUGAGUUUUCCAAUUUGUUUCAAUCACAUGAACAUUUAGAAGAUGUUGGAGGAUAUCAAAACAUCUCCUGUUGGUGGAGAAGUGCUCACUGCAAGAGGAGAUCAAACAUACCAUGCUGUUAGAGUGAAGAUGGAGAUUUAUCCAGAAGAUAUCUAUGCUGUUUGGGUUUCUGUCUCAGUAAGAUUUCACAAAAUAGUUUGA